AUGGAGUUUUGGGGUGUUGAGGUAAAAAGUGGAAAACCACUCAAGGUUGUUCCAGAAGAAGACAAGAUUAUCCAUCUUUCAUCGGCAUGUCUGGGGGAGAUCAGCAAGGAUAAAGGGAAAGAACCAGUAUCCCUUUAUGUUAAGUUUGGUGAUAAGAAAGUUCAACUUGGAACACUAUCUUCAGAAAAAUUUCCUCAGACAUCUUAUGAUUUGGUGUUUGAGAAGGACUUCGAGCUAUCCCAUAACUGGAAAUAUGGAAGCGUCUUUUUUACUGGAUAUAAAUUCCAAUCUGACGUGUCUGAUGAUGAGGAUGAAGAUUCUGAUGAUUUUGAUGAGGAAGAUAUUCCAAUUAAUGCUGCUGCCAAUGGGAAACCUGAGUUUGAGGUGAAGAGUGGUGCCAAACCCCGUGUUAAUGGAGCUAAACAAAAGAAAACAUCAGAUACAAUAAAGAAUGAGAAGGUUCAUGAAAAGGAUGUUAGUGAUCAAGAUGAAGCAGAAUCAUCUGAAUCUGACUCUGAUGAGGAUUCUGGUGAAGAGAAGCCCACGACCAAUGGACAUAUUGGAAUUAGUGAAGAUGACGAGGAUAGCGAUUCUGAUGAGGAGGAGACACCGGCUAAGGUUGAAGGGAGCAGUAAGAGAGUUCAUGAAUCUUCAAAGAAAACUCCUGUGCCUGUGAAGAAGGCAAAGUUUGUUACUCCUGAGAAGACUGGUGGCCAUAGUGGUGGUGUCCAUGUUGAUACUCCUUACCCUAAGCAGGCUCUAAAAGCAGCUGCAAAUAACAAGCAGCAUACUCCAAAGUCAAAUGGGAGGGAUUACAGCUGCAAACCUUGUAACAGGUCAUUUAAGUCUGAAGAUGCCUUAGGUUCUCAUAACAAGGCCAAGCACAGUGCCAAGUGA